AUGGAGAGGCUUCACCAUCACCUGAUUCACAGACUAACACAGCAGACUCACAGACUAACACAGCAGACUCACAGACUAACACAGCAGACUCACAGACUAACACAGCUGACUUACAGACUAACACAGCUGACUCACAGACUAACACAGCAGACUCACAGACUAACACAGCAGACUCACAGACUAACACAGCUGACUCACAGACUAACACAGCAGACUCACAGACUAACACAGCAGACUCACAGACUAACACAGCAGACUGACAGACUAACACAGCUGACUCACAGACUAACACAGUUGACUCACAGACUAACACAGCAGACUCACAGACUAACACAGCAGACUCACAGACUAACACAGCAGACUCACAGACUAACACAGCAGACUCACAGACUAACACAGCAGACUCACAGACUAACACAGCAGACUCACAGACUAACACAGCAGACUGACAGACUAACACAGCAGACUCACAGACUAACACAGUUGACUCACAGACUAACACAGCUGACUCACAGACUAACACAGCAGACUCACAGACUAACACAGCAGACUCACAGACUAACUCAGCAGACUCACACAGCAGACUCACAGACUAACACAGCAGACUCACAGACUAACACAGCUGACUCACAGACUAACUCAGCAGACUCACACAGCAGACUCACAGACUAA